CACCCUGUGGGAUCAUUGUGGGCGGUGAUUAUUGAUGCCAUAGGAUUAGAGUGUGUUCAUCAUUUGCCUCAGUCUGCUGGACCGUCACAGUCUUACUCUGUCUGUGAUAACGACCUGGCUAUUUGUCGCUAAUUAUUGACCACGCCAUGACCUGAGCUAAUCCCCCUGGACAGCUUAUUGAGCGGAGUGAUAACUGAAAGUACACACUAGCCAUGUGUUGUAUCAGUACAACAUUAACUGGAACAGGAACUUGAUGCACUUCACUGGACCAUACAUUCACCAGGAAAGUGUAUAUAUAUGACCUGGUGUACUUGACUGGACCUGGUAGACACAAUACCAUGGACAAUGUUUAUAUAUAUGACUUGAUGCAUUUCCUAUAUGGAAGGAAGUGGAAACUAUAAGGCGGGCAUAGAGCUGUGUGUCGAUUGAGAGAUCCAUUUGGGGUAGAAAAAUGUUUUAUAUGUUGUGACAUAUAACUUAUAUAAGCACAUAACAGACCUUGUUGGGUCUGUCGCGUGAUUUAAUUUUAAUUGCUCAGAGUCAUGUCUUUGUUCAGUCUGAAUAACACUGGCAGAAGAGGUUUACCUCCAAGGAAAGUCAUCAAAUUGCAAACACUGGAGAAAAGGAAGGGAAUCAGUCAGUCUCUAUCUUUUAUCAAUCGUCUUCGUAACCUGUGGACAAAGGAUGGAGUAGGCUCAGACAGGCCUGACAGCAUAAACGGUUGUAGUAAUUGUGAUGCUGCAAGAAAUAGUAGAUCAGAGGAGAGGUGCUCAACCAUUCCAUCCAGCACACGGCUAGGAAUAGUUCAUGAAAACCUUCGGAUCACAUCUGAUGGUGAGAGUGAGGAGAUCUCGGGAACGUCAAGUGAGCGAGAGGACAUGGUGUCCCCCGUCAAACUCCGGCAUCGACAGAGGCGAUACAACCAGGAAGUCACUAAACGACUGUCAUUACCUGCUGACAUGCGCCUACCUGGACAUUUCCUGGCCAGACAAAGUCUCAGUCCCGAGGGACAGCUGAGCAGGCGCUCUCGACGUAAAUCACUGUCUGAAAUAGGAUUUGGAAAAAUAGAAUCUUACACAAAGUUAGAUAAACUUGGAGAGGGUACCUAUGCCACAGUGUUCAAAGGCAGAAGUCUACUGACUGACAACCUGGUCGCCCUCAAAGAAAUCCGUUUGGAGCACGAAGAAGGGGCCCCUUGCACUGCUAUACGUGAAGUGUCGCUGCUCAGGGAGCUUAAACACAGUAACAUUGUGACCCUACAUGACAUCAUUCACACAGAGAAGUCGCUCACUCUAGUCUUUGAAUACCUGGAAAAAGAUCUCAAACAGUACAUGGACGACUGUGGAAACAUAAUGAGCAUGACAAAUGCUAAGAUAUUUUUGUUCCAAUUAUUACGAGGCUUAGCCUACUGUCAUAAAAGACAAGUUUUACACAGGGACCUGAAACCUCAGAAUCUUCUUAUCAACGAGAGAGGAGAACUCAAAUUGGCUGACUUUGGCUUAGCCAGGGCCAAGUCAAUACCUACCAAGACAUAUUCAAAUGAAGUGGUCACUUUAUGGUAUCGUCCUCCUGAUGUUUUACUGGGAUCAACAGAAUACUCCACCUCCAUUGAUAUGUGGGGAGUCGGUUGUAUAUUCUAUGAGAUGGCCUGUGGCAGGCCACUGUUCCCUGGCUCUACCGUAGAGGAUGAACUGCAUUAUAUAUUCAAGAUUUUGGGUACACCUGUUGAGGAAACGUUUCCAGGAAUUAACAAAAAUGAGGACUUCUUGUCUUAUAACUUCCCUCACUAUGAUCCAGAACCUCUCAUUAACGUGGCUCCCAGGUUGGAUGGUGAUGGCUUAGAUCUCUUAGCAAAACUUCUCAAGUUUGAGGCCAAAGGAAGAUGUUGUGCAGCAGACGGCACAAAAUGUCCCUUCUUCAACUCCCUCGGGCCAAGUGUACAUCGUCUCCCAGACACUGUGUCAAUAUUUACGAUACCUGGGAUAGUCUUACACAGAGAUCCAGGCAUGAGGUCAUCAUCAUUAGCAUCUACAGGUAAAAUCCGGAGACAGAGUAUGUUGUUCUAAGUGUUGUGAAAGGACCAGUGACAGAAUCAGUGUAUUGACUACCAGUGAUAGCCAUCAGUGUAUCGUCUACCAGUGAUAGUCAUCAGUGUAUUGACUACCAGUGAUAGCCAUCAGGGUAUUGACUACCAGUGAUAGCCAUCAGGGUAUCGUCUACGAGUGAUAGCAAUCAGUGUAUUGACUACAAGUGAUAGCCACCAGUGUAUUGUCUACCAGUGAUAGCCAUCAGUGUGUUGACUACCAGUGAUAGCCAUCAGUGUAUCAUCUACCAGUGAUAGCCAUCAGUGUAUCUUCUACCAGUGAUAGCCAUCAGUGUAUCGACUACCAGUGAUAGGCAUGAGUGUAUCGUCUACCAGUGAUAGCCAUGAGUGUAUUGACUACCAGUGAUAGCAAUCCGUGUAUUGACUACCAGUGAUAUCCAUCAGUGUAUCGUCUACCAGGGAUAGCCAUCAGUGUAUCGUCUACCAGUGACAGCCAUCAGUGUAUCGUCUACCAGUGACAGCCAUCAGUGUAUCGUCUACCAGUGACAGCCAUCAGUGUAUCGUCUACCAGUGAUAGCUAUCAGUGUAUCGUCUACCAGUGAUAGCAAUCAGUGGAUUGACUACCAGCGAUAGCCAUCAGUGUAUUGACUACCAGAGAUAGCAAUCAGUGUAUUGACUACCAGUGAUAACCAUCAGUGUAUUGACUA